AUGGCUCUGGCACCGCGGGCCCUGGCGCUUACCUGGCCCCUGGUGCUCGCCCUGCUCAGCCUGGCGCCGGCGCCCGCCUCGGGGGGCUGCCCGGCGGCUUGCCGGUGCUCGUUCGCAAUGCUGCAGUGCCUGGAGCCCAAUGGCAUCGCCGGCAUCCCGGCUCUGGCCCCGCAAGAGAGCGAGAACGUGACAGAGAUUUACAUAGAAAACCAAGCAGCCCUGGAGAAUAUAACUAUAAUUGAUCUUGCUAACUACAAAGAGCUGAAGAACCUCACGGUCACGCUGUGCAAGCUGAGGCUCAUCUCGGCCAACGCCUUCAGACACAACCCCAAGCUGCAGUACGUGAACCUGGCCUCUAACUCCCUGGAACACAUCUCCUGGAAGGUGUUUCAUUUCCUGCCACUGCUCAACCUGGUGCUGAGGGACAACCCUCUGGUCUGCUCGUGUGACCUCCACUGGCUGCAGACGUGGCAGCGCAAUGAGCGCGGCGACGUGGACAACCAAAGGUUGUCUUGUUUCUCCGACGACCAAGAAGUGACGCUCGACUCUUUGGUGCUCGAUAACUGCAGUCUGCCCGUGGUGACCAUUGACCCCUUCAAGGAUUCAAAGAUUCAAGAAGGAGGCAACCUGACGUUCGCCUGUCAAGUGACAGGAAGUCCAUCUCCCAACGUGAGAUGGCGAACUGAUGCGCUCAAGUCUCGCUUCUUUACCCAGGAGAGAAUCUGGGGCUCCACAUUAGAGCUGGUCCUGUUCCUCUCCAACAUCUCCUCCAAGGACAACCUGCACAACCUAACCUGUGAGGCCGAGAACCAAGCUGGGCCCGGGGAGGAGAUGGUGCAGUUGGACAUCGAGUUUCCAGUAAGAAUCGGCUACCUGGGCAACGCCGUGCAGCAGCACCACUGGUGCUUCCCCUUCGUGGUGGACGGCAACCCCGAGCCGACCAUCACCUGGCGCUACAAUGGCCACGAGCUCAAGGAGAGCGCCUACACUUACACGCAGCUCAUCCCCGACUCCGGGGACGGCUCCGAGAAACACGGGUGCCUCUUCCUCAACAAGCCCACCCACAUCAACAACGGCCUCUACACCCUGAUGGUGCAGAACAAGCUGGGCAGGGACGAGGCCACGGCCAACGGGAGCUUCAUGGACAACCCGUUCGACGAGUUCGACCCCGAGGGCAUCUUUCCAGUUCCGACAAACAAAUCGGACAUGGACGUCACGGAGAACCCGGAGAGUCGGGUGUUCGUGGUGUCGGUGGCCGUGGGUUUCGCCGUGUUCGCCUGCACGUUCCUGCUCAUCAUGGUUCUGGUCAUCAACAAGUGUGGCCAGCGUUCCAAGUUCGGUAUUCACCGCUCCUCCGUUCUGGGAACCGAGGACGACCUGGCUGUGUCGCUUCGUUUCAUGAACUUCGGAACCAGCCCGCCUUCCUCAGAUGAAGACUCUGGCUUGUCCAGCUUCGUGGAGAAUCCGCAGUACUUCUGUGGUAUCAUCAAGGAGAAAGACAUGUGCGUCCAGCACAUUAAACGGAGGGACAUCGUGCUGAAGUGGGAGCUGGGCGAGGGAGCGUUUGGCAAAGUCUACCUGGCAGAGUGCGCCAACCUCAGCCCCGACAGCGACAAGAUGCUGGUGGCCAUCAAGACUCUGAAGGACGCCAACGAGUCGACCCGGCAGGACUUCCAGAGGGAGGCGGAGCUGCUGACGGUGCUCCAACACCAGCACAUCGUGCGCUUCUACGGCGUCUGCACGGACGGAGAGCCGCUGGCCAUGGUGUUCGAAUACAUGCGGCACGGAGACCUCAACCGAUUUCUCAGGGCUCACGGGCCCGACGCUCGUAUCCUGGAGGAGGCCACGAUGCCCCCGCUGGGGCAGCUCACUCUGCCUCAGAUGCUGCACAUCGCCGCCCAGAUCGCCUCGGGCAUGGUCUACCUGGCAUCGCUGCACUUCGUCCACCGAGACCUGGCGACGCGCAACUGUCUGGUGGGGGAGGGCCUGGUGGUCAAAAUCGGAGACUUCGGCAUGUCCCGAGACAUCUACAGCACCGACUACUAUCGGGUGGGCGGACGCACGAUGCUGCCGAUCCGCUGGAUGCCGCCGGAGAGCAUCAUGUACAGGAAGUUCACCACGGAGAGCGACAUCUGGAGCUUCGGCGUGGUCCUCUGGGAGAUCUUCACCUACGGCAAACAGCCCUGGUACCAGCUGUCCAACAGCGAGGCCAUUGAAUGCAUCACGCAGGGCCGGGAACUGGAGAGGCCACGCACCUGCCCGAAGGAGGUGGCCCUGCUGAUGCAGGGCUGCUGGCAGAGAGAGCCCCAGCAGAGGAUGGUCAUCAAGGACAUCCACAGCCGCCUGCUGUUCCUGGUCAAGAACCCGCCGGUGUACCUGGAUAUCCUGGGCUGA